AUGCCUUCAGGUAAGUUGCAGAGUUCCAAUGGAGAGAGAUUUGAGGUUGAUGUGGAAAUUGCCAAACAAUCUGUGACUAUAACGACCAUGUUAGAAGAUUUGGGAAUGGAUGAUGAAGGAGAUGACCCAGUUCCUCCACCAAAUGUUAAUGCAGCAAUAUUAAAAAAGGUCAUUCAGUGGUACACCCACCACAAAGAUGACCCUCCUCCUCCUGAGGAUGAUGAGAACAAAGAAAAGCGAGCAGAUGAUAUCCCUGUUUGGGACCAAGAAUUCCUGAAAGUUGACCAGGAAACACUUUUUGAACUUAUUCUGGUUGCAAACUACUUAGACAUCAAGGGUUUGCUUGAUAUUACAUGCAAGACUGUUGCCAGCAUGAUCAAGGGGAAGACUCCUGAGGAGAGUCGCAAGAUCUUCAACAUCAAAAAUGACUUUACUGAAGAGAAGGAAGCCCAGGUACACAAAGAGAACCAGUGGUGUGAAGAGAAGUGA